AACUGAGUCGUAUAUGGUGGCAAAAUGCAACGUGUAAUCCUUGUUUAUGCGAUAAAUGAGAAUAAACGGCAGUAUAAUAUAUAACGUGCGGAAAAAUGUUAAUGUGAUAUAUUCCAGUGCUGUAAAAUCAAAUCGUUGAAUCACUAAUUAAUGCAAAUAAUAUUGUUGAUAAUAUGGAUUUGCCAGUAAAUGAGGAAAAUGUACAAUACAUCUUAAAUAAACUGUCUGAAGAUGAGGUUUCUAUAAAGAAAAAUUUAGAUACAAUCCUUGCUCGAAGAUGUCACGUGGAAGCAAAGCUACAGAAUAUUGGCAAAGUGUUACCAAAUGUGAUAAUAAUACAUACAGAAGGGGAAAAGUUUCGUGAUAUGAUUGCUCGUACUAAUGAACUAGCAGAAAAUGUUAGUGCCAAAGUAAGGCAACUAGAUUUAGCAAGAAGCAGAGUAUGUGAAUGCCAAAGUAGAGUAAAUGAUAUAUUAGAUUUGCAAUUAUGUAGCAAAGGAGUGGCAACAGCACUACGCAAUGAGGAUUAUGAACAAGGUGCUGCUCAUGUCCAUCGUUACCUAUUAAUGGAUCAGCAAUUGCUGGAGAGAACAGCUGAAGAUGUAUCAGGAGAUCAUACUAGCAUCAGCAGUUCUCUGGUUACCUUGCAGCAAGCCGCAAUGGAAUUGAGAGCGGUUGUCACUCAUAAAUUUGAUGAGGCUGUGAAAUCUGAGGAUUUGGCAUCUGUUGAGAGAUUUUUCAAGAUAUUUCCAUUAUUGGGAAUGCACUUAGAAGGACUCAAGAAAUUUUGCAGUUACUUGUGUACCAAACUACAUGAGACUGCCCAGAAGAAUCUACAAAUGGCAUUGGAAAUUAAAAAUAAUGAUAAAAGAGUGGCUGUUAUUUUUGCUGACGUCAUGACUCUCUUAUUCGAAGGAAUUGCGCGCAUUAUAGAAGUACAUCAGCCGAUAAUUGAAACUUAUUAUGGCCCUGGUAGACUUCUAAUGACAAUCUCAAUUUUGCAAAAAGAGUGCGAUAGGCAAGUGAAGAAAAUUAUUACAGUGUUCAUGAAAAUGAGAUCUAUAUCUAAGAAUGUACAAGUGAUAAAUGAUUAUUUGCGUAAACCGAAUCCUGAGAAAAUCGAUCCUAAAGGACUCGAUCUGCUCCUAGGCGAAAUUACAAUAAUGCAUUCAAGAGCAAAACUUUACAUACGUUUCUUGAGAAGAAGAGUAAAGAACGACAUCGAAAUCAGUACAACUGACGAAACGCAACGCACGGAUUUGUUAAAUGAAUUCGAAACAACUGUGAACAAUUCCGAAUUGGCGCACGGGAUGCAGGAGUUGCUCGGCACUUAUCUCGCGUUAGAAAGAUACUUCCUCGAGGAAAGUGUAAAUAAGGCGCUGGGAAUGGACACGUUGGAUCCUGACCAGCAAACUUCAAGCAUGGUUGACGAUGUGUUUUUCAUAGUGCAGAAGUGCGUGCGACGUGCCAUGUCUAGUUGGAGCAUAGACGGCGUUUGCGCCGUCGUCAAUAUGGCUUGCGGCAUUCUGGAAAGUGAGUUUGCGAAUUGGUUGAGAAACAGAUUACGCCAGGGUUAUCCGGCAGGCUACUUGGACCUGGCACAGGCAUAUAGCGCUCUUCAGACAAGCAUACAGCACGGCCGUUUGCAAACAUCGGAUACUGAAUACGCUCGUCUUAUGUUCUUGGCGUACUUAAAUAACACUGAUGUGAGUACAGAGUACGUCGAGACACUGUACAAGAGCCUCAAUGCGGAAAUAGAUGCGACAUUUCCUAAUAUGCAGAAUAAGGAUAGGGGUAAAAUCGACAGUUGCUUAUCCAGCCUGAAAGAAGUCAUACUGGUCCUACGAGGUGUUAUCGAUUACGGCUUGGAGCAACUACGCGUCAGCGCCGUUAAACCCAGAGUCACACCGUGGGUCGACGCGUUUCUCUCAAUUGACCAUCAUAUCAAUGAGGACGAAUUGCUGAGAUACGAAACAGAUGAGCCGUUCGUGCAAACGUUAGUCAUGAAUCUGGAGGGUCUGCUUCAAGGAUUCAAGGGUAGCCUCACUACUUCCAAUUAUGACGCGCUCAUCGGCCUAUUGACUGCGGAAGUUACAGCUCGCUUGGAAAAAGUGGUUUUAAAGUCGACCUUUAAUCGAGCAGGAGGUCUGAUAUUGGACAAGGAAAUAAGAUCGUUAGCCAGCUAUUUGGCCGCUGCUACGUCGUGGUCAGUGAGGGAUAAGUUUGCACGUUUAACGCAGAUCGCUACUAUUCUGAGCAUUGAGAAAGUGGAGGAACUCGCAGACUACUGUGGCGCAGACGCGAUAGCAUGGCGACUAACACCGUCGGAAGUUCGACGUAUCGCUUCCUUGAGAAUAGAUUUUAGACCGGAAGAUAUCAAGAGACUGAAGCUAUAAUUAUCUCGUCUCCUCACGAGGUCGAAUAUUAUCAAUCUUGAUGCAAUUAAGUGAAAUCUUUGUAUACUGCAUUUUACUUGUGUAUGUACAUAAAAAAUUAAGCGUAUAAUAAAUUAUUUGUUAAGAUACCGAUGAA